AUUGUUGUUACAGGUAUUGACUUCAGGUACACUAAUAAGAUAAAAAUCAUGGCAGAAACAGCAACUAAAGCGGCUAAGAAGAAGCCAGCAUCCAAACCCAAGAAGAGAACUGGGCCGAGCGUCAGUGAGCUGAUCGUCAAGGCUGUGUCUGCGUCCAAGGAGCGGAACGGAGUGUCUCUCCCCGCCUUGAAGAAAGCGCUUUCCGCUGGUGGAUACGAUGUGGAGAAGAACAACUCCCGGGUCAAAAUUGCCAUCAAGGCUCUGGUGCUGAAAGGCGAUCUGAAGCAGACCAAGGGAAUCGGCGCCUCCGGCUCGUUCAAACUCAACAAGAAGCCCGCAGAGACGAAGACGAAACCCGCAAAGAAAGCCGCUCCUAAAGCCAAGAAGCCCGCAGCUAAAAAACCCGCAGCCAAGAAACCCGCCGCCACCAAGAAGCCCAAAGCCGCAAAGAAGCCCGCAGCUAAGAAAUCCCCGAAGAAACCCGCUAAAAAGGCAACAAAGAGCCCAAAGAAAGCCAAGAAACCGGCGACUCCUAAGAAGGCAGCAAAGAGCCCUAAAAAGGCGAAGGCCGCCAAACCUAAAACGGCUAAACCUAAAGCGGCCAAGCCUAAAAAGACCGCAGCAAAGAAGAAAUAAACCUGUUUUUUAAUGUCAAAACGGCUCUUUUAAGAGCCACCAACUGCUUCAGACUCAAGAGCUUUAUUUCAGUGGUUAACUCGAUGAGAAAAAGAUGUGACAGAAGUCAAAACUGAAUAUUCUGUCGUUAUAUAUUCACACUUAAUAUUCACAAAACACUCAAGCCUGUUUAAGUUUUUACUGUUGAAUUAUAAGUUAAUAUUUUUAAUAAUUCUGGAAAUUAGUAACCAUUGACUUACUGUUUCCUGAUAUGGGGGUCAAUGGUUACUUUUUUUUUAGUUUUCUGUAUAUUUUUAAGAAACUCAAAGCUUUGAAAACACUGGAGUGCAAGUUAAUAGUGAGUACAUUUAUUACAUUUAUCGAGAUUUUAUUGACACAACUUAAUUUUUUAUGUUCAAUCUACAUAAAUUUAACUUAAUUGAUUUGUUUCGGGACAACACGAAUGAACUGUGUGGAACCCUGCACUUUUUACAGUGUAUGUACACUGAAUACAAUUCUGGGUUCCACAAUUUCUUCAUGUUGUCCCAAAACAAAUUAAGUUAACUUAUUUUACAAAUGUAAGUGGAUUGAACUUAAAACAAUUAGGUUGUGCACGAAAACUCCAGAAUUAUGUUGAUUUAGCUUAAUUUUAAAAAGCAUGUCGAACAACAGCAGAACUAA